CCGCCCCCGGUCCACCUGAGACAGGACACGUAGUGCUGGGGCUUAUGGUGACAGCGGGGAAUGGGUUAGCGUGCCCAGUGAGUCAGCCAGAGAUUACGUAAAAAGCAACAGAGAACAGCGGUGUGGGACACAUGCAGCGACUGUUGAUGUGACAGGACCAGACAUGUGCCUUGAGGAGCUGCCCCUAAGGCAAUGUGUGACUUCUUGCAUCUAUUUUGGAAAGUUGAAUUGAUAAUCUUCUAUACCAGGUUUUAACUUGGGAUAUGUGACACUCCUGGACUUUUCUGGGUUGCUUUUCUGACCUGUGGACGAUGGAGACCCCUGAAGUGGUGCUGAAGGACCAGACCUGUGUCUUCUCUUUCUCUGUCAGUGUCAGCUUUCUGAUCCCUGGAAGGGAUGAAAAUAAGAAAUGAAUUUGUUGCACACAUGGUGCUGGUUGUCUCAUUACGGAAGGAUGUCGUGGAGAGGGAGGCAUUCUCAUUAACAGUCAAGGCGAAAGGUUUAUGGAGCGAUACGCCCCUGUCGCGAAGGACCUGGCGUCUAGAGAUGUGGUGUCUCGGUCGAUGACUCUGGAGAUCCGCGAAGGAAGAGGCUGUGGCCCUGAGGAAGAUCACGUCUACCUGCAGCUGCACCAUCUACCUCCAGAGCAGCUGGCCACGCGCCUGCCCGGCAUUUCAGAGACAGCCAUGAUCUUCGCUGGCGUGGACGUCACGAAGGAGCCAAUCCCUGUCCUCCCCACCGUGCAUUAUAACAUGGAUGGCAUUCCCACCAGCUACAAGGGGCAGGUCCUGAGGCAUGUGAAUGGCCAGGAUCAGAUUGUGCCCGGCCUGUACACCCGUGGGGAGGCCGCCUGUGCCUCGGUACAUGGUGCCAACCGCCUCGGGGCAAACUCGCUGUUGGACCUGGUCGUCUGGUCAGGCAUGUGCCCUGAGCAUCGAAAAGUCAUGCAGGCCUGGUAA